CACACAGCGGAUAUGGCUCUCAGUUCACUUUCAUCACUACCAAUCAAAUCCCUAAAAUUUUCACCUUCUCACGGUGCCUUCAACCCAAAUCCUCCCUCCAAAUCCCUAAUCUGUCGAUUCAAUCCACAAAAUGCGACUUCUACCAAAGAUGCAGAACCGAAGAGAUGGAAAGCUCUGGUUUCAACUGCAUUGGCAGCUGCCGUGAUUACGUUUAGCUCUGAUCUGUCUGCCUUAGCUGAUCUUAAUAAGUUCGAGGCAGAUAUUCGAGGUGAAUUCGGCAUCGGAUCAGCUGCUCAAUUCGGUUCUGCUGACCUCAGGAAGGCAAUUCAUGUGAACGAGAAUUUCAGGAGAGCAAAUUUCACAUCUGCUGAUAUGAGAGAAUCAGAUUUCAGUGGCUCAACAUUCAAUGGUGCAUAUCUUGAGAAAGCAGUAGCGUACAAAGCAAAUUUCACAGGGGCAGAUCUGAGUGAUACAUUGAUGGAUCGCAUGGUCUUAAAUGAAGCUAAUCUCACAAAUGCCAUCCUCGUGAGAACAGUUCUCACCCGCAGUGAUCUUGGGCGUGCGGUUAUUGAUGGCGCUGACUUUAGUGAUGCUGUUUUGGACCUUACUCAAAAACAGGCACUUUGCAAGUAUGCAAGUGGAACAAAUCCCACAACAGGAGUUAGUACGAGAACAAGCUUAGGGUGCGGAAACAGUAGACGGAAUGCAUACGGCAGUCCAUCUUCCCCAUUGUUAAGUGCUCCACCACAGAAGCUUCUAGACCGCGAUGGAUUCUGCGAUGAUGGCACUGGACUCUGUGAUGUAAAGUAGUUAGUCCCUCCCAAAGACCAUGUAAAUUAGAGACACAUUUAUAUGAUAAAUUCUGAAUAUAUAUAUAUAUAUAUAUAUAUAUAUAUAUAUAGAGAGAGAGAGAGAGAGAGAGAGAGAGAGAGAGGGUGUUACAUUACAUGCAUGGUAUUCGACUACUUAAUGAUUUCAGUAUCUGUUGCUCUUGAAUCAUUCACAAG